AUGCAGCGUGCAUCCUCCGUCGUGGCCAACACCGUAUGCCGCCAAAUCCUCCGCAAACACCAGCUGGCGGCGGCGCCAGCGCCGCGGCCGUGCGACGUGUUCAUCAACCACCGGGGAGUGGACACGAAGAGGAACGUUGCGGGGCUGCUCUACCACGACCUCCUCGGGAUCGGGAUCCGACCUUUCCUCGACAGCAAGAGCAUGAAGCCCGGGGACAAGCUGUUCGACAAGAUCGACGUGGCGAUACGCGAAUGCAAAGUCGGCGUCGCGGUCUUCUCCCCGAUGUACUGCGACUCGUACUUCUGCCUCCACGAGCUGGCACUCAUGGUCGAGUCGAAGAAGAAGGUCGUCCCCAUUUUCUGCGACGUCAAGCCGUCGGAGCUCCGUGUCAAGACCGGCGACGGGUCUCGCUCGCCCGAGGAUCUCGAAAGAUUCCGGUCCGCCCUCGAAGAGGCCAAAUUGACCGUCGGAUUAACAUUCGACACUCUCACAGGGUAAUCAAUUU